AUGGCCGCAAGUGGGUAUUACCAUUCGAACAUCCCUGAGCCACCGAGCUACGAUCAGGUCACAGGACAUUUUGAAGAUCGAUUGCCCGCUGCAGGCUACCCUUACGGCGCCGGCGCCAAUGCACACAACCACGACGACCCCUCCGCUCCUUACCCCUACCACGAAAGUCAACAAUCUUUGCAAUCAGACAACGGCGCCUACCAGAGCGCGGGGCGGGUCACAGAUGGCGAUCACUACUCAGAAAAUAUUCCCCUAAAGGCACAGAUGCCUUAUGGAAAUAAUCCGGAAUGGAUGCACCAGCAGACUCGGUAUCCGCCCUCACCAGGGGCCCUGGAGGACCGUCGGCCGCGUGAACACAAGAAGAAGGGAUUCUUCAAAAAGAAGCCGGCCUGGGUGACUUACAUUUUGACUUUGGCCCAAGUCAUUGUCUUCAUCGUGGAAUUGGUCAAAAGUGCUCAAUUGACCGGUUCGCCUAUUGAGACUAAGCCUACCUUCAACCCCAUGAUCGGACCCUCGCCUUACGUGCAAAUUUACCUUGGCGCUCGAUACGACCCAUGCAUGAAGACUAUCCCGAACCUUCAGAACAAUACCGUUCCUGUCACCUUCCCCUGCCCGAACACUACUACCAGCGCAUCUGAAUGCACUUUGUCACAGGCUUGCGGAAUGGGCGGCGUACCCAAUCCUGUUCCGGGUGGCUCAUUGGAUGAGAGUCCUGCCCCAAACCAAUGGUGGCGGUUCAUCACCCCUAUCUUCUUGCAUGCUGGGUUUGUCCACAUUGGAUUUAACCUCCUGGUACAAAUGACAAUGGGCGCGGAUAUGGAGCGAAUGAUUGGAUUCUGGCGGUACGGCCUGACCUAUAUGGCCAGUGGUAUUUUCGGGUUUGUGUUUGGUGGAAACUACGCCGCCCAGCUACAGCCCAGUGAUGGAUGCUCAGGCGCUCUGUUCGGUAUUCUGGCCCUGCAAUUGCUGGAUCUGUUGUAUGACUGGCCGCAGCGUGAAUCUCCGUGGGUGGAACUGAUCAUCAUGGUCUUGGGAGUGGCGGUUUCCUUUGUCCUCGGCCUGCUCCCUGGCCUGGACAACUUCUCCCACAUUGGCGGAUUCAUCAUGGGCCUGGCCAUUGGCCUUUCAAUUCUACGCUCUCCCAACUCUCUGCGGGAACGAAUCGGUCUGGCUCGUCAGCCUUACGUCGCCAUGUCUGGCGGCGCCAGCGAGGCUGCCCCGGCCGGUGAGAACCGGAAGACAACUAACCCCAUGGACUUCUUCAAGAGCAAGAAGGCCAUGAUUGCGUCGAAUGACCAGAAUGACCAAAGUAAGGGCCCGCUCCAUUUCUUCAAGGGCCGCAAGCCUCUGUGGUGGGCCUGGUGGCUGGUCCGUGCCGGCGCUUUGGUCGCCGUGCUCGUCGGGUUCAUUCUUUUGAUUGUCGAUUUCUACAAAUACCACACCUCGAAUUGCUCCUGGUGCUACCGUUUGAGUUGCCUGCCUGUCAACGGCUGGUGCGAUCAGGAUACUAUCAGCAGCGGUAAUAGCUCCUGA